AUGCGCUCAUACGCGGCCGACACAGCCCUCCCUGGAGGGAAGUAUGACGAGGGCGACGAGGACGAGGUCGGCACAGCAACCGCCCCAGCCCCGACUAACGCCCAGAUCGGACUACCCAUCGACCCCUCCCGGGUGCGCUAUCUGUGCAAGCUCGACCCCUUCUUCGCGGGCAACCAGCUGAUCGUGACGCCGGUUGUAUUCCUCUCCGUCGAUCGGGAGAUCAACCCCGUCCUGAAUCCGGACGAAGUGCAGUUCCUCUUCUCGAUGCCGCUGUCGAGUUUCCUGCACGACCGACCGAGUGACAUCCCAGGCUGGAACUUUGGCCUCAGCACGCGCGUCAAGCCUGCUCCCAUUGGCAGUGUGCCGCCCCCACCUGCGCCGGGGUAUGCGGAGGAGAAGGGCAGUCUCGGUGGCCGCGACGGGCGGUAUUACAUGUACCGCGACAUUGAAUGGGGAGGCGGCCCGGUGCGCAUGCAUCGCUUCCUGACGGGAAGGGAGGGAGGAGGCGUCAAGCCCGUGUACGGUCUGACGGCGUGA